AUGUUACGGUCCUUUGCAAGAACCGCAGCGACCCAUCAUUCAUGGCAUCACAAGCACGCUCCUUUCUCGUCUCUCAGCCACUCUUCUAGGACCCCAAAGCCCACAACACCCUUCCAACCCGAUCCCAAAAAACCCACCUCCUCCGCCACUGCCGCCCCACUCUACGAUGAACAAGAACGUAUCCGGCAACUCGCCGCCGAUGACAAGAACCCUUCACUUGAUGUGGGGCCUAAUGGCCGUCCUCUAUUCACCUCGGCGCCUUCCCUCUCCCACCUCUCCCGCAACGAUGCCCGCACCUACUUCAAGCUCACGAAGGAUACCCUGAACGCAGUUUUGCCCGAGGGAUUGCCAGUGGGUAUGGUGAACGAGUUUCAGGAUUCGAUGCGGACGGCUUUGCUUGUUCGCCAGAGCUUUUUGGAUCUUCGUGAUAACUUCAGGCGCGUGGUGGAUCCACCAAUGUGGUCCGCUAAUGGUAAAGGAGUUAAAGUUAGGAAGCAAGUGGUGUUAGAUGGUCCUGUUAGCUGUGGGAAGAGCAUUGCGCUUGCAAUGCUUGUUCAGUGGGCCCGAGAAGAAGGUUGGCUGGUUUUAUAUGUUCCUAAAGGCAAGGAAUGGACUCGUGGAGGAUUUUUCUAUAAACACCCACACACUGGUUUAUGGGACACACCUGUCCAGGCUGAGAAUGUCCUCAAGGAUUUUUUGAAGUACAAUGAGUCCUACCUAAAGCAACUUCCCUGCCAAAUAUUUGAUCCAAUCCUAUUAGGUGAGGGUGCUGGUGUUGGAUGGUUGAAAGAUGCAGAUUCCUUGGCAAUUCCUGAAGGUACAAAUUUAUACGAGCUGGUGAGAACUGGCAUUGAGCAGACACAUGCAGCUGUUGGAGUGGUAGUUCGUUUGAGGAAAGAGUUAUCACUUAUUAAAGACAGGCCUGUGCUUAUUGCAAUAGAUCAAUAUAAUAAUUGGUUUACAUUCAGUGAAUAUGAGGAGCCAGUCACUAUCCGGUCUUGCCGGCCAAUACACGCUAGAGAACUUACAAUGCUUACUUAUAUGAAAAUGCUGGUCAUGCUUUUGGUGAAAGCUUUUAGACCAAUGAUGCAUGAUGAUAUGAUGGUAGGUGCCUUUUCUCAUUCAACAGCAGUAGGAAAACUUCGUAAAGACUUACCAGAUGUUCCAGUAAAUGCUCGUGUUAUGUUUCCUCGAUACAGUUUAGACGAAGCCGAGACUGUUUCCCAUUAUUAUUUAAGGCAAAGGCUAAUUCGUCGUGAAGCGUUCUCAGAAGAAAAUUGGAAGAAAAUUUACUUCCUGUCCAAUGGAAAUGGAACAGAGAUUAGGGGGUUGGUUCCGUUCAUGCGAUGA